UUUCUGAUUUCUAUCCCUAUAAAUACCCCUCUCUCAUUCAUCACUUCCCAUCAUCACAUUCACUGCCCACUCUCUCUCUCUCUCUCCUCUUUAACUAAUUCUUUCGCAACUCUUCUCUUCAUACUAAGAUGGCAACAGCUGAGGUUGAAUCGGUUCCACAGACUGUUCAGGCUGAGACAGUGAUCGCCACCCCGGAGAAAGAGGAGGUGGUGGUGGAGGCAUCCACAGCCGUGACGGAGGAGGCACCCGCAGCCGUGACGGAGGAGGCACCAGCCGCCGAGGUGGUGACUGAGGAAGUACCGCCCCAGGAAUCAACUGAAAAGGCUGUACCGGCUGAGGAGCCAGCACCUGAAGCCGAGACAGAGAAAGUUGCCACUGAGGAACCAGCUGCAGCCACAGAAGCCGCUGCUGAGGGCCGCCACAGAAGAAGCUGCCCCGACUGACGCAGCGGCGGAAGUUGCAGCUGAGAAAACUGAGGAGUGAGGAGAAGUGGAAGAAGCAAUAGAGAAAUUGAUGGAAGUAUUUGGAUGGUUAUGCCAAAAUUAAGCUUUAUUAAUUAUUUCUUUUUGAUAUGUUUAUGAUUUGGUAUUAUUGUAUUCUGUAUUGGGGUAUUUUUAUUUGAAAAAGGCAGAAUUAUAUUUGGAAGGGAGUGAGAUGAGUAGGAGCACUUGGAUCAACACUCUACUCUAUUCCAGUGUUAUUAUAGAGUGGUUCAAGCACAGUGUUCCUUUACUCUAUAUGAUGAUGAUGAUAUUCUUGGUUUGAUGGAUGUGAUCCUGAUCAGCCUUGAAUUAAUAAAUAUAUGUCGUCUUGAUAUACUA